ACAGGGUUAGUAUAAGAGUGGUAAUCGACAUCGCUUUAUUUUUCUACAUGUCCGGUCAAAAGGAAGAAAUUUAGUUGUCGCUGAAAAUUUCGUGAUUCGAAAUUUCAAUCGCAAAUAAAUUCGCAAACAUGAUUCGCAUCACUUUUAUGCUGAUCGUCGCAAUCUUUGUGAUCAUCGACGCAAAAUUGCACAGGAUUUCAUUACAUAAGGUGGAUUCUAUUCGACACACUUUGAAUAAGCGUGACACUGCCAAUCCAAUGAUCAAAGCUAGCACUACGGUGCCAUUAUGGAAAUAUGCAGACUUUAGGUAUUAUGGUAAUAUUACUAUCGGAACUCCGCCGCAAGAAUUUAAAAUAGUGUUUGAUACUAGUUCCGGAAAUUUUUGGAUACCAUCCAGAAAGUGCAACGUUUAUAACAUUCUUUGCGGCACGCAUCCGUAUUAUGAUAGUAACAAAUCCAGUACAUAUAUAAAAAAUGGUACUGAGAUUAACAUUAACACUGGCAAAAGAAUUAUUAGAGGAUUUGUAUCUACUGAUGUAGUGAAUAUUGCCGGUCUCAAUGUUAAGAAUCAAUCAUUUAUAGAAGCAACACACGUGCCAGACCUUGCGGUCCUUCAAACGCAUUAUGAUGGUAUUUUGGGCAUGAGUUAUGCCUCUAGAGCUAAUGGCGGAGUAAGGUCUGUGUUCGACAAUAUGAUACAUCAAAACCUAAUGUCAAAACCCAUUUUCAGCAUUUACUUGAAUAGAAAUCUUUCAGACCAUUUCGGUGGUGAUUUAAUAUUGGGUGGUACCGAUCCCGAUCUUUACGAAGGCGAGUUGACGUAUGUUCCUGUUACUGAGAAAAGAUACUGGCAAUUUGCUAUAAAAGAGAUCACAGUACGUAAUUAUACCUUCUGCGCGGGUGGCUGUCAAGCUAUGGUUACUACAGGCAGCCCAUUUGUACUUGGACCUCGUGCGAACAUUUCUAUUAUUAAUGACCUUAUUGGAACUUAUGUCUUUGGUAGAGCAAAUUCAUUACUCUGUGACAAGAGAAACUCUACUAGUAUGCCAGUAAUCAGUUUUUCUAUAGGUAAUAAAGUGUUCAAUCUUACCAGUGAUGAUUACGUCCAACAGAUAUCAGCAUUUAAUAAGACGAUAUGUUACUCCGGUUUUCAAGAGCAUAACUCUAAGAAAAAUGUCUGGGUUCUAGGAAAUGUAUUUCUUGGCCGUUAUUAUAGCGUGUACGAUUUUGAAAAAGACCGAGUGGGAUUUGCCCCAGCAAUAUAAAUGUCGAUUGCUAUUUCUUAAAAUUAUAUAACAAGACAUCGCAUUAAAUGAUAACUUCGCGAAUAA